AUGUCUGACAGGCUCUUCGCCUUGGCCACAUUUGCAGUUUCAGCGGCUGAGGAAGCUGCGCGCGCGUUGAAUGGGACCCUCCCAUACGACUUUCAGAGCACGUCUCUCAACCCUGAUGGAGCUGCGCCAGAGAUCCAGCAGCCUCAGCAGAGCAUACCACCCAAGAUUGUGUCCUUCGUUGUUCAACCCGAGCCUCAUGACGCCAAAGACGCGCUGAAAUUGCUAUUUUUCCAAAUGGACUUCUCCACCGACAGAACUACCGGGGACACAUCUGCGCGGCCAGUAAAGUGGAUGCUGUAUGAGAAAAAGACGCCGGACACGCACGACGUAUGGCAGAGUGCUUUUGCUCCAACGUACUUGGCCAGUGGACUCAAGGAGAAGGGGAAGGCGUCAAAGGCUCGGAGGAGAGCGAGCACUCCAGACAUCUUCAGGCCUGCAAAGCUAGGGAACUACUCGGAGAAGCGGGUAUCUGGCGUUGCGGAGCAGCUCGAGAGUUACGGAAUGAUUCAAGUUAGAGGAUCUCGUGAUGACCCUGUUGCAGGAACAAAGGACGCCCACAGGGCUGCCAGAUCCGGCAUAAGGAGCGCCCACAGACCGUCUCACACGGAUCACUCCGAGUCUGAAGACAGCACACUGCGUCAUCUUACAGCUCCAGAGGUAGAGAGGAUUCGGAGACGAUCACGCAUUCCAUGGAUAGACAUCGUCUGCCAUCCUGAGGUGGGCCAACCUCGGAGAGGCUCGGACUGUGUCGGUCAAAUAAUCUUAUCCUGA